CAAACCAGGAAGUAAUGUCAUUUUACACAGGCAGUGUUCUGGAGGCUUGUCUCCCAUAACAGGGGCCAUAUUAUCUAUAAAUAUGAGGGGAGCAGCAGUGGAAGGAUACCCCAGAUGAUGUCCUUGGGACGAAACGCGUUGGGAGGACCCCACUGUUGCUACUACUUUGCACAAAUCGCUUGUACAUCCAUCUAAAUGGAAACAGCAUGCGACUUUUGGUUAAGAGGUUUCAGAAAUAGUACUUAGACGACUACAGACGACAAGGAAGAUGUACGUUGUUUUCACUAGCAAUCAACUUGAGCUGUUGUGCAGAAUUAUUUCCUAAAAGGCUAAAACAAGAAAUGGUUUUAGUUCCCAAGGCUACACAGACUUUUUAAGAAAACUCUUUAGACUGCUGAAGAAAACCUGUAAGCUUAAUGUACAACAAUGAAUACUGAAACAGGUACCUAUGAUGUAUCUCCAGUUGUUUCUGUCCCUGAACUGGGUAAGGAUCACAAGUACCACGUUUUCAUCAGCUACAGCAGUGGAGAUUCUGUCUGGGUUUCAAAUCUCAUUCAUAUACUAGAGAAGACUUUUCCUACCGUGAAGAUCUGUUUUCAUGAAAGGGACUUUGUCCCAGGGAAGACCAUUAUAGAUAAUAUGAUUGAGUGCAUCCAGAGCAGCCAAAAGACUGUGAUGGUGCUGAGUCCAGACUUUGUACGCAGCCGCUGGUGCCUCUUUGAAGCCAACUUGUCUUUGUUCCAGGACUGUAUCACUCAUAAGGACAUUGUUCCCAUUAUGCUGAAGCCAUGUCAAUUGCCUUUACAUCUAUGUCAUUUAACUUACUUGGAAACCGAUGAUGAGCAAUUCUUUCAUAAACUAUCCCAAGUGCUUUUCAGCAACAAUGACCAAGUGGCCCAUUCUUUAAUCCAUUAUCAGUCAUCUUUAUUAUACAGUGGAAAGACUCUUCUUACCUUGACUGCUGUGAAUGAAGAAAGUGAAAGCUGGCAGCCAGGGGUAUUUUCUUCUACCCCUGUUCCUGAUUCACUUAGGGCAGUUGUGGAUAACCCGCAAACAUACAAGCAAGCUAUAGAGAUUAUUAAUGAUGUUAGACCACCUACAUCUUGCAUUCGUUUUACUGCAUGCAGGGUGAUAAUUUGUGUUUUCUGUGUAUUAUUGACAAUGUUUGGUAUUGUUCUCUCUGCUGCGAUUGGCAUUACCUCACAAUAUAUACAAGUUUGUCCUAGGGUUUUACUGGCUUUGCCUCUUGGAAUUGCUGCUGCGAUCUGUGUACCCACCAUAUUCAUCAAAACUGUUUGCUGGAAUAAACAAAAAGCAAAGACAAUCAUUCAAGCAAUGAAAAAGAAGGCUUGUCAAGCAAAUCUGCUCCUAAAUAACAGUUCCCUCUUGGUUGGUACUUCUUCUAAGUCACAGCUAUUUUUUGUGUACGUUAAGUUAAGUGAUUGCAAAAAAACUUUCCAAACUGUCUUUGGUUGUGUAUUGAGCAAAAAUAUGUGGGAAAAAUCAAUUUCAACAUAUUCUUCAGAUUAUGCCUGCUGCUUAGCCAAGAAACAUUUUCCAUUCAACUCUACAGAACCCCCUGGACACCUUAAAGAUGGCAUCUGUUUCUGUCAGUAUGUAGCUGCUCAAAUGAAAAAUGACUAAAAGGAACCGAAAGUGUGUUCGUGUAGACUGGAGAAAGAAUGAUGGACAAUACCAAAUACUUUAAUGUGCCCCCCAGCCCCCUUGACUUUUAGUGCUUUUGUCAUCCAGUGAAUGCCAUAGUACCAAGGAGACCACUCACCUUAUGGAAUAUAUAAUAUCCUGAAAUUGUAGAAUACAUUCUUCUGUGUGUACGCGGCAUAAGAGUGCAUGGAUACCCAUCCAUUACGAUCACAUGAAAAUAAAUAUUAUCAGUUCAAAAAAUAAAAAAGAAUCUUUUGACCAAAACUAAUGUAUUUUAGUUUUUUUAGUUUUUUAGAUACUGGAAAGAUAAACUACCCUUUAGUUGAAAGAAUUAGUCGACCAAAAUUAAUGUAUUU